GAAAUGUGGCAGCAGGGGAGCACUGCUCUUGUGAAUGUUCAUUCAUGGUUUUCAGAGCAUGGCAAACUCGAGUAUCCUCACAUUGUCCGCUAAGAAAGUGGAGAGAAAAUAGUUUUCCUGGGUGGUCCGACUCAUUAAUACACUCCGCGCUUGUUGAUUUACGGCUCGCAGUUCAACUGCUGCCAAUUAACGUGAAAACACGCAGGAAAAAAAAGAGAGGAAGAGGAGGCCACUGAGUUUCCUCCUGUUGGCUCAAAACUGAGUCAGGAUGAACCUGCCCUCCACAUUAAGGAGUUGCGGGAUGUUACAUUCACUGUGUGGCAGAAAAGAGCAAGGACCAGUGAGGAAAUCAUUUGACUCAUCUUCUCAAGGUCUCUGAAGUCUCCACAGGGCCUUGUCCUUGUAGCACAAGACUGCUGAUGCCACGCAGUGCACUGAGAGGGCUGUGCACAGUUAAAUAUUUGAGUAUGUGUGAGUGGCGAAAGCGAGAUGACUCUCAGCUUGUCAGUUGUGUUUGGAGUCGUGGCGUCAAGCAGGGACCUGCUCAGUGACACCAGGCUAUCACAGCCGGAAAAAGCAGCCUCCCUGCACUGAUGCUGUCGGUACUGAUACAGCCAUAUUGUAAAUAUAAGCUACUGGCGGGACGGGACGGGGGUAGCCCGUAGUCAGCGGGGAAGUGUGAUUUUGCUGGGUAAAGCCCGCUUCAAGAGCUGUAAAGGGAGACGGAGCUGAGCGUGUUUGCCUGCGUUGGCACUUCGCUAUGUAGACUGAAGAGUCUUCUUUCACGCCGCUCGCCGCACAAAGGCAGAGGGUGUUUGGAAAGCACGGUGGGGCAGCGAAACGUUUGAAGACUGCGAAGCAAAAAGGUCAAAAUGUUUAUAUUAUUUUUCAAAAGGGAGGUGCUGAGAUCUCCUUUCCGCCCGAUUGGCCGAACUUGACAGUGAUUGACGUGCAUCCAUGGCAACCGGGCAGCCAAUCUGCCAAGUCCAAUAGGAAAUCAUCGGAGGGGGCUUGACUGUCUUUUUCUCCCCCCUUAAAAAAUACAUCUCGGCCCCGGUUUUAAUUCUUUCGUACUUUCAAUCCCAGCCUACCUUGAAAAAUACAACGCGGCUCCGGCUUUGAUUUUCUUGCACCUUCAGCCCUUUGCCAGCCAAGUUUGCCAAGCCCGAGGAUGCGGUAGCCGGCCCCCACGCAGCAUCGGUCCUCCUCCGCGGCGUUUGGUUUGGUUUGCGUUUUUCACGGCUGGUCAGACGAUCGGUUCGGUAACUUUGGGAUUGCCUUGUUUUUUGGGUGUCUUGGAUUGCUUUGGCGCACGGGAAGAGGAAGCGGAGGACUCGGAGCGGAGGAGAGAGAGAGAGAGAGAGGGAGAGGAGAAAGGAGGGGGAGAGGGAAACACAGGAGAAGCCUCCAUGUUUCAGCUGCCCAUCUUGAAUUUCAGCCCCCAGCAGGUCGCCGGGGUCUGCGAGACUCUGGAGGAGAGCGGGGACGUCGAGCGCCUCGGCCGCUUCCUCUGGUCGCUGCCCGUAGCCCCGGCGGCCUGCGAGGUCCUCAACAAGAACGAGUCGGUGCUGCGGGCCCGGGCAGUGGUCGCCUUUCACACCGGCAAUUUCCGUGAACUCUACCACAUCCUGGAGAACCACAAGUUCACCAAAGAGUCGCACACGAAGCUGCAGGCGCUGUGGCUCGAAGCGCACUACCAGGAGGCUGAGAAGCUGCGGGGACGCCCGCUGGGGCCGGUGGACAAAUACAGGGUGCGGAAGAAGUUCCCCUUACCCAGAACCAUCUGGGAUGGAGAGCAGAAAACCCACUGCUUCAAGGAGAGAACCCGGCACUUGUUAAGAGAAUGGUAUUUGCAGGACCCCUACCCGAAUCCCAGUAAAAAGAGGGAGCUUGCACAGGCUACUGGACUUACACCCACACAAGUAGGAAACUGGUUCAAAAAUCGCAGACAAAGAGACAGAGCGGCGGCUGCGAAGAACAGGCUCCAGCAGCAGGUCCUGUCCGGCGGCUCGGUGCGCUCCUUGGCGGACGAGGACGGCACCGUGGACCGCCUGGGGAACUCGUCCAGUCCGGAGGCGAGUCUGUCCAGCAAAGCAGCCGCCUCGGCCAUCUCCAUCACCUCCAGCGACAGUGAAUGUGACAUCUGACGGGCAGAUCGAGGGUGUUGAUGAAUUAAAGGGGGAUACGAGUGAAAGACAAUCUAAUAAAACGAGUCAUAGUGCCUGCGUUGAGUUAAAAAACACACACACACACACACAUGCACACACACGCACACACAAACUGAGAGACUGAUAUUUGACGGCUGCCAAAACAUGAGGGGAUCUGAUCUGACUGUCCGUCCUUAUCCUUUUAGGCCUAUACUUUUGUUUGCGUUUUACCCACGUGUGGAUAACUGAACUUAAUACGGACGAAACAUAUUUCACGGACUAAUAAACCAACGCCCCGAGAUGAAACGUAAAAAAGAAGAAAGAUUAAAAAAAAAAAAAAAAAAAAAAAAAAGGAAAAGGGGUGAAGGCACCCGAGCGCCUAACCUGCUGUUCUCUGUGGGUAUUUCAUGUUGAAAAAGAACUGUGAUAUUUUUACUUUACUUUCAAAGUUUUAUAAAUAAUGUUUAUUUGCCUAUUUAAAACGAUCUGCUCUGUCUCUUCGAAUUUCAUAUUCAUUUGCUUGGUGUUUUUAAUACUUACCUUGUACACAGGUGAACCUGUUGAGCAUGCGCGCUUUAGUGAAAAUGUGUUUCC